UGAGCAAUCGAUAGAGGGCUGAAAAAUGGCGACCUCCUGUGUACAAAACAUGUCCCGAUUAAGAUCAAUGUUUCGAUUACCUCCUCGAAGCAUAUAUCCGCUUAUUACUUAUAAGAGACUCAUUUAUAACCAACAUCAACGUUUGUUUUCUUCAGCGUUGUCAGAUGGAAUAGACAUUGGUCUUCCCACCUGUCCUCAAUCGAAAAAACUAAAAAAUAAACAUAGAAGCAAGAUAUUGCACAAAAUAAAAAAUACACCAGAGUUGGAACGGUUAGCAAGGCAAAGAAAAUUGGUGGUGCCAUUAGAUGAGGUUGAGGCAGAAUGGGAGAAGACAUCAGGACCAUACCACAUCAGAGAUGUUGCAAAGAACUAUAACAUCUUCAAGGAUCUCUUCGAUGGAGCAGAAUUCAUAUCUUGGUCUGUAAUGAAUAUAAGUUAUGAUGUGGAUGAUGAUACUGUAAUGCCAGUAUAUUGGGGCAAUGUAGUUACACCACAAGAGGCUAGAUCACCUCCAGUUAUUUCAUUUGAAAGUAGUAAUGAUGAAUUUUGGACAUUGUUACUAAUAAAUCCUGAUGGUAAUCUCCAUGAAAAGGAUGCAGAAAAUCUUCACUGGUUUGUAGCCAAUAUACCUGGACAGCACGUUGACAGUGGUCAAGUACUCUGUGACUACCUUCAACCAUUCCCACCAAAAGGGACAGGCUACCAUCGCUUUGUCUUCUUGCUAUUCAAGCAAGAAGGAAAACUUGAUUUAUCAGAAGAACAAAGGCAACUACCAUGUCGUAAUUUGCAUAAAAGAACUUUCGAUACAUUAGAGUUCUACCGAAAAUAUCAGGAUGUAAUUACGCCAGCUGGGGUCAGUUUCUUCCAGUGUAGAUGGGACACAACAGUAACAGAUGUUUUCCAUCAUGUACUUGAAAUGCGAGAACCAUCAUAUGAGUAUCACCCACCACCCCUGUACAUUGCACCACAAGUAAAGUGGCCACGCAAGAAGCCUCUGAAAUACCUGAAUAAAUACUUACCACAAGAAUGAUGCAAAAAAUAUAAGAAAGGCUGGUGAAGAGCUGAUGGGAACUAUGCUGGAGUUUGGAGAAUGAUGAAUUUAAUUCUCUUGUUGAGCAAAAAUGUGCUGUCUGUCAUAAACUAAAAAAAAUUAAAUUCAAUAUUUGAGUAUAGCUUGUGAGGGAGCUAUGUGGGAAAUAUUGAAUGUAAAGGAAUCAUAGAUAACACACCGUUGAUGACCGGCACUAGCUGCAGUGCUUGAUGCAGUGCUUGAGAAAGGAUAGCUGAUUUUGCAUCUGAAACAUUGCCAGUAUACAAUACAAUUUUCAUUUCUGUGUAACACAAAGAAAAUUCUUUAAAAAUAUACAGUAUCUACCGAUACCAGAUAAAAUUAUUCCAAGAAUUAUUAAUAAAUAGUCUAUUAAAAAUUUAAACA